AUGCAGAGAUGGAGCGGAUACUGCGACUGCGCAAGGCAAAAGACCGAGCAGCUCCAGGAGCAGGUUAAUGGCAAAGGCAGCGCAGACCAGGAGGGAUUGCGUCGCGUCUCAAGAGGACUGCGUGUUGCUACUCAAGGUGGUGGCUAUCAAACUAUCAAGUGGGAGGCGGAGAAAUUCGUACCAGCGCGAGGUUGCUAG